AUGAUAAGCGUUGGGUCAUUUGUUUUGGAAAAUGAAGAAAAUAAGAAUAAUGAAAGACAUCGUAAUGAACAAGGAUUGGGAUGGAUUAUAACAAGUUUUUUUCUGGUCGGUGAUUUAGCUGGUGGCGGAAUUGUCGCAUUACCGGCAGCUAUUGUGCAAACAAAUUUCUGGCCCGGUUUAAUAAUGAACACAUUAAUGGCUUUUGCAAUGGGAUAUACAGCACAUAUGUUAGGUCUUGGUUGGGUAAUUUUGCAACGCAGAUGGCCAGAAUAUCGUGAACACUGUCGGAAACCGUAUCCUGAAAUGGGUGGACGUGCAAUGGGCAACGUCAUAAAGCAUUUAGUAUCAGUGUGUAUUGACAUAACACAAUUUGGUAUCGCUGUUGUCUACCUGAUAUUAUCAGCUAAAAAUAUAAGCGAUUUUAUCGAUGCAUUCUUCAAAAUUGAAAUAUCAUUUUGUUUUAUGAUAUUAGUAGUUGGUAUUUGUCUCCUACCAGUCACAUUUUUGAAAUCACCGCAAGAUUUUUGGUGGGCGAUAAUAUUGGCAAUGAUUACAACAAUGCUUGCUUUAAUUAUGGUUAUGAUUGGUGCUAUGAUGGAUUAUUCCACUUGUUCACCGCAACGAGCCUUUAAUACUAAUUUUAUGCCAACGAAUUAUUUUCUUGCACUUGGAACGACGUUAUUUUCGUAUGGCGGACAUGCUGCAUUUCCAACAAUUCUUCAUGAUAUGCGUAAACCGUAUCAUUUCACACGAUCUUCUAUUUUGGCAUUCUUUAUUGUGUAUAUGCUUUAUACACCGGUUUGCAUUCUGGCUUAUUUAACAUAUGGAAAUUCAUUACAUGAAUCGGUUCUUAAUUCCGUUCAAAAUACUGCUUUACAACAGGGUGCUAAUAUUUUGAUCACACUUCAUUGCAUACUUACACUUACCAUUGUAUUUAAUCCACUUAAUCAGGAAGCUGAGGAAAUUUUCGGCGUUCCACAUCAUUUUUGUUGGCAAAGAGUAUUGGUUCGAACGGGAAUGAUGUUAACUGUAGUUUUUGCUGCAGAAAGUUUACCAUCAUUUGGACCACUGUUAGGUUUAGUUGGCAGUUCAACCUUAACUUUAACAUCACUCAUCUUCCCAUGCUUAUUUUACUUGUAUUUAACAGUUGGCGAUGAAAUAGCGGAAGAAAAAGGAAAGAAAAAGAUCGAUGAGAUACCUCCUUUUACUCAAGUGUUGAUACGAUCACCAAGACGACGUUUGAUAAUUUGUUUAUUAAUUAUUGUGUUUGGAGUGAUUGGUGGUGGAUUGGCAACUUAUACAGCAAUCAAGGAAUUAGCAACAACACGAUUCACUGAGCCAUGUUACAUUAAACCAUUCUUAUCAUCUAUCGAUUCAAAAUCUCCCGGUUAUCUGAAUUGUUGUGGUGCAUGGCAAAAUAUCACACGACUAGGAGAUAAUUCUGAUUGCAAUCCAUAUUUUGAUUUCUAUGGUGAAAAAUAG